AUGGCCACAGGAUCAUGGACUUUGGAGAUCUUGGAGCGACAUGUCGACCUGGACACACUGUCGACGUCUAUGAUCGAACCAGACGAUCAAAGCAACAAUGCUGCCGGACGUAUCAUGGAUUCGACGUGUCCAAGCUGUCGACCGUGGAAUCGCGCUGAAACAGCGCAGCUUUUGGCGCUGAAAGUUUUAAAGACGCAAAAACAAGCGCUGCGUGCUCCGGACAUGUUCAGGGUCCUGCCACCUCCGCCCUUGGAGUCUUCCGAUGUCACGACAUCGGACGCGACGCUGACGGAGGCCGAGACAGCUCCAGCAGAAGUGGCGGAACCCAAAGACAUCGAUGAGUCGGAAGAUCGUCGCUUGGAGGAUCUGCGAUUGGCGAGACUCGAAGAUGAGCUUCUGAAUCGUUUGGAGCGCUUGGGGAGCUUGUCUUUGGCGGAGGAAUCUCGAUUGAACGAUUUGCGGCGACAGCGAGCAGCUCUCAAGGCCAAUUUCCAAGACGAAGGCACCAUGGAUCAGAACGAGAAGGCCUUCCAGAAGCAGGACGCCGUGUUCCUGGGCUCCAAGCGACUUUUGACCAAGAAAUCCAAGAAGGCGGCCCGGUACUGGCGCAACAUCGGCUUGGGCUUUGCCGUUCCUAAGGAAGCCAAGGAAGGUCACUACGUGGACAAGAAGUGCCCCUUCACAGGGAAUGUGAGCAUUCGUGGUGCGAUCUUGAAGGGCAUGUGCAUUUCCACCAAGAUGAAGCGAACCAUCAUUAUCCGACGCAACUACCUGCACUACAUCAAGAAGUUCCACCGUUUCGAGAAGCGUCACAGCAACAUGGCGGUGCACUGCUCCCCAGCCUUCGAGCCCAAGGAGGGUGACAUCAUCACGGCUGGCCAGUGCCGACCCUUGGCCAAGACGGUGCGUUUCAACGUUAUCAAGGUGGACAAGAACCAGAUCUUCGGAUCCGCCCGAAAGCAGUGGGGUUUGCACUUUUCUGAGUGGCACGAGCGCGGCAGAAGUGAGCCAGUUGGCAACGUUGGCGGCAAAAAGAACCUGAAGCCAAACACCUUGCCGAGUCGUCCCGCUGUGAGGUCCGUGGUUUCCCCCAUGACCUUCGGUGAUGGGAGCGACGCUUCAGCUUCCACACGGGCCAGCUCCGAGGAACCUCCUGAUGAGGAAAAGGCCAAAGUGGUAGCAGGUCCCAAGAUUGAAGAACCUGGUCAAGCCGUUGAUGAACUGGGCAUGAUCUGUGCCUCUUUGGCAUUUCUCUAUGUGGUCUUGGAGGUGGGACACCUAGAGGCCAGGGUUCCUUGGCUUCCGGUGCUGGAAGCUGUCUACGCCGUGGGCUUUGCCGUGGCCUACUUUGCCUCGCCCUUCUUCUUCCCCGUUUUCGUGGCCAUUUAUGGCUGCACCGUGCUGCUGAUCAUCCAUCAAGCCUAUCGAGUCUACCAGCAUUAUGUGCAGGAUGACAGCACAUCUGCACAGUGGCAACGAUGUUUGUUUUGGACUGCUGCCAUCGGUUAUCCUGGGGGAUUCUUAUUCUUGUGGGUACCUGAGAAUGCCUUGUGCCCCUUGUACCCGAAGGUCUUUCAAAGGCUGCAUUUACAUGCAAUCUUCCACAUUGUGACAACCAUGUCGCCCUACUGUUAUGUGGUCUUCAUGACAUACUAUCGGUGCUUGAUCUUGAAACGAGAGGCAGAGCAUCGCUUGGGCAUCGGUUUGGCCUAUGUUCAUGUGAAGGAGACAGCUCCAUGA